CACUUUUCAAUUUUGGAGAGGAACCAUAAGGGAAAGUGGGGUCUCCUGGUCCAUAUAUAAAUUGGUCUCCGGAUCUGAGGAGACAUCAAACACAUCUCAAAACUCAUCUUGAAUUCUCACAAAUUCAAUCCACUCCUCAGCAACAUGAAAUUCUUCAUCGUAGCCUUGGCUCUCGUCGCCGCCGCCAGCGCGUUCCCCCAACAGCAGGAGCGAGACGCCGCAAUCCUUCGUCAGGCGCAGGACAUCUCGCCGGAAGGACAGUACAAUUACCAUUAUGAAACGGAAAAUGGAAUCCAGGCCAAUCAGGACGGAAGUCUCCAGAACGUUGGACCAAACGGUGAACCCGUGAUUGUUGCUCAGGGAAGUUACCGUUACACCGCCCCCGAUGGAACCCCCGUCGAAGUCACCUACACCGCCAACGAAAAUGGAUUCCAACCCCAAGGCUCUCACAUUCCCCAAGCUCCAGAAAUCCCAGCUCAAAUCCAAAGAGCACUCGCCUACAUUGCCGCCCACCCACCACAACCCGAAAACUGAAAAUAGACAAUUCUUAUUUUACAAUAGUUCCUAAGAUGUGUAAUUGUAGAUAAAAAAAAGAGAAGAAUAUAUUUUGUUUCCAAAGAUAA